AUCAGCUGUUCGCUGGAUUCUAUAACAACAAAAGACUCAGCGCCCAGCGCAGACGGGCCGAUGCAACAGGACCUGGGGAGUCCGGGAGCCACAGCUUAGGGGAGCGGCGCCUCGUUCCCUGCAUCUACCUCAAUAGCUGCCGCCCAGGUUCGGUUGUCUAGUAAGGGUUUUGUAGCAACUGUUUACAAAUCAUGACUCCCCGUGUUCUGUGCCUAAGCUGAUAAAGCCUCUUUGCACUUUAAUCUCCUACCUGUGUCUUUGGCUUGAGCCCUACACCUUAACCCUUGGAUACGAAGAAGUCCUUGCCAGAAUCUUGUUUAUUGCCUUACUAAUGUUCCAGAGGCUGAAUAAUAUGUUUGUGGGCGAAAUCAAUAAUUUCCCCAGCCAAGAGCCAGAGUUCAGCGAGAAAGAAGAAGAGGAAUGGAUUCUGGUGGACUUCAUAGACACUUGCACGAACUUCUCCACAGUUGAAGAAGAAGAAAGUGACAUCCCUGAUGCAUCCUCUGUUGACCAUUCUCCUGUCUUCUCUUGUCUGCCUACUUCUUUGGAGAGUUUGGCUGAUGCCAGUGAGUCGUGCUUUAUCCAGUUUGACUCGUGUCCCAUGGAAGAGAGCUGGUUUAUCACGCCACCUCCAUGUUUCACUGCUGGUGGCCUGACUGCUAUCAAAGUGGAAACCAGCCCGCUGGAGAACCUUCUGAUUGAACAUCCCAGCAUGUCUGUGUAUGCAGUCCAUAAUACCUGCCACAGCCUCAACAAGGCUAGCUGUGGUGAUGAGGAGGAAGAGGAAGCAGAAGAGGAACCUCAUGAUGCAAGCAGUCCUAGGACGGAAGCCCCAAGUGAACUGGGCCAGCAUGUUCGUUGCUACAUCGCAUCGUUUUCUACCCACUCAAGCUUUCUGGAACGGGCCAAGAGCCUUCGCUCUUCCCAGUGGAUAAGAGAGCACAGCGAACGGCGAUAUCUGAACAGAAACUGCCUCCGUCGCCAAAAUCUUACCAGGGAUUGCUACUCUCGGCAAAUCAAGAACCAUGGAUUGUUUGUUCACCAGCCUUGCCAGCGCCAGUAUAAUUACUGAGGGCAUUGGGAAUGGUUUUUUUCCCCCUUUCUCUUUCUUAAAAAACAAUAUUGGUUAAACGUUGCUCUAUUACUAUUUGUAGGUAAUGAAGGCAAGAGCAAUUUUAGGCUGGUAAUUAUCAGUUUUUUCUAUACAAACACUAGGUGUUACAUUAGGUUGUAACCCACAUUGAUGUAACGGCGCAUCACAAAAUGCCUUUGAAAUAUUUUAAUUGUGGCUUGGAAGCAUAUCAGUACAGUAGUCUUUGUGUGAUUGGGUGUUUUUUCCCCCGUGUGUGACUUUUUUAGAAUUUUUUUUAAUAAUGAUGGAUGAGUUCUUUUUUUAUAUCGGUGUUUUUAACCAAGAUGGAGGAGGAAGUCUUCAGUUGUAUUGUAGUCCAAAUGUAGUUACAAAAACUUCUCAGGGUCAGCCCUACACGUGCAGUGACCUGUGUAUACCGUAUAUCCUCAUACGCAACUGUUUAAAAUGUGAGGGACCAUAAGUCAUUGGGCUGCUAAUGUGGAGUCAAUUCUGUGUGAGGGGAGAGAGGGUAGGAGUCAUGUACUCCCCUCCACCACACACAGUUGUGUUCCAGUUUUUGAUUCAAAGCGGUUUACCACAUAUCACACACAAAGGAGGUACCUCACAGGAAUAUGUGAAGUAGCCUUGUGGGUGAAGUAGUAACGUGUGUUCUCUUUACCAGCUGCGAAGAACAGCAAAAAACUUUCCAUGCUUCCUGUUUUGAAGCCUGGAAACCAGAUCAUAACUCCUGAAAGUGUGCCAUACCAUGCAUUCAACCACAAGUGGAACCAUCUUAUCUAAACCCACCGGUAAAAAUUUGAAAUGAUCCUUGUUGUGGAAGGGCUGGAGGGAUAAAGGCGUGGUUCCUGUCAUCACAACAGUCUACUCUGCAUAGAAGGCAAGAAGGUAGCCCCACAUGGCAUUUUUUGAGGGGCAGUUGUUCAUUUCACCCUUACAUUUCACCAGAUAAUGCCCAAGAAGUUAUGUACUCCUUUUCAGUCCUGGGAGGAGCAUCACAGUUCCUUUAUUCUUACUUGAAGAUCUGGUUGCUGUCAUGAUAAGUUUAGCCCAAUAUAUCAUCAGGCCUCAAUUCCAUGUGACCAUACAUUUUCCUAGACUUGCAUCAUACCUGUCAAGCUUCAUCCAAUCUCAUUUUCAAAAAACCCUUCAAACUCAGAAAGUAGGGAGUAGAACAGUAUUUGGAUGACUUGCUGUCCCCUGCAUGUUUUUACUUACAUUGGGCUUGACCUAAAAUCUAAAACUGCAACGUUCAAACAAUGAGCAUAAUCUGUCAUCUCAGAAGUGUCCCCUAAUCGGCCCCAGUAAUAAAAGCUAUUUGAUGUUAAAAGGAACUGAAAUUCACAGCUUCUCAAAAUGCCUGGCUGAAAUAGCCUUUACAGAAGGGACUGGUGUUUACCUCAGUAGAGUGUGUUGAAGUCAGAUAGUAUGCUGAUACUCUGUGUUGUGAACGGUGGAUUCAGUGAUGUAUUAGUGUCACUGUGUCUCUCCUUCCAUCUUAACCUCACUUCAAAUACUACAGUUUUCUACAAUUUAGAAUCCUAGCCCCCCCCCUCUUGUGUGCACAUACAAACUCCCUUUAUUUCUGUAGCUGCCCCAUAUGGUUAACAUAGUUUGUAUUUGAGGGGAGAAACACCACAGGACGCCCUUUGAAACUCAGGAACCUCUUGGCAUUUGACCGUGAGCCUAAGCAUCCCUCGGUGAAGGCUGAAUCAAAAUCAAGGAGUGAAAAGUAGGUGUGCCUAGGUUCUUAGACAUCUUUUCAUAAACCACUUUCUUUUAUUUUCAGAAAUAGCAGAAAUGAAAGUCAGGUUCCCACCCACCCUUGUUUGUUAUAGGUUCCUAGCUAGUGAGCGUUUGAAGCUGAGACCUCUCCUAGUUGGGAGAACUGAGUUUUUCCUCGCUUUAUGUUACAGGAUGAGUUUCCUAACGAUGGGAGCAUGUAUCUUUUAUGAUAAAUGGGGGCUUGUUGCAUACUGAGAUUUUCAGUUCUUAGUACUGGAAAGAAUGUUCUUUUGGAAGGAAUGACUGCAUAUACAGCAUUGCAUCUGACUUUUGUUAUCUUGCAUAUUUAUGUUACUAGUCCUGUUAUGUGCCUCGAAGUCUUGGACUAUUAAAUUUCAAAUGAUGUGUAUGUGAGUAGGUCUGACUUUUUAUAUAGGUUUCUUUUUUAAAAAAAAUGUAUUAACUUGUAAAAGUGGGGCCUUGCACUGUGUUGAAUGUUAAUUCAUUAGUUUUGCCGGAACUGUUAUUAUUUUUCAUUUGUAUUGUAAACAAAACUGUGCCUUUUUAAAGUAACUUGUACACUGCACACUUGAACUUGAAGACUCAAAAAAGGGACAUUUCUGCAGGAUACUGUAUGUCAGUCUAUGCAUUAACAAUGGCAGCUUCUUUGGGGAGCCAUUAUUCCUUUACACGUGUAGCAGUACUUUAGAUAUUCAAGGUUUUCAGCAUAGUCCUAUGGAGAAUUACUCCCGUCAACAGCCAUUGAAAUCAGUAGACUGUUUGCCCUCGUCUUAAAAAUACCAGCUGUGAGGGUUCAGAAGGGCUUGUUCUUUCAGGAAUUAGAGCCAGUUCCUGUGCAAGGAAAGAGAGGGAAGGUCUGUCCUAUUACAUUGCCUCUUCAAAGCCAUCCCCUUAUUGUAGUAUGCCUUGUAUCUCCUAGCACCAGUGUAGCUGCAUCUAUAGGCUAUUCACAUAUAAGACCAGGCUGUGUACUUUAGACAGGCCACCCAAUUCUCAUCAGGUCUCUUAUUCCACCACCAGCAAAUCACGCAGUAGCAGCCAUUCUCAACUGUGCCACUUGAGAUUGCAGCUGGAAGCUUGCAAAUAUCUCUAGGCCUAGGAACCUAAGUCUCCAAGAACGGGGAUUUCAGUAUGAAAAUCUUCGGUUUGAGUGUAGAAGGAUACCUCUUUUUAACUAUUGCCUGACCUACAAUUACAAAUAAAUAGUUCUGAGGCCUAUCUCUGCGAGGCCUGAUUCUUUUGGCCACAUUAUGGUUCCACGUUUAACGCCAAGCUGCCACAUAGUUGUGGCUGUGAUUGUCUGCCAUCAGCACAUGCUGCUGUGCCCUCAUAACUUCCGUGGGCCUGUAACACUAGCAGAUUGUGGUUUCUUUUGUACGUCUGUGUACUUCAGGAGCUGUGUAUGUUUUAUUCUGUUUGUGAGCCAGCCUUAGCUGGGAGGGCGGGAUAUAAAUCUAAAUAAAUAAAGAAUUCAGAGAUCAGGCUUUGAAGGAUCUUAAUGGUUUCCCAAAGAAAAGGACAGUGAAUAAAUACAGUGCUUUUGCUUCCCCACACAAAGGGGGGGGGGGGAGUUUGUUUUUAGACAUCAUGGAAUUACUAACAGUCUUUUUGUAUUUGUGUUUCUUGAUGCAGCUUGAAACUCUGGAGAAGCAGAAUCAAUCAAUAAA